AUGUCGCUGCCAGAAACCUACCGAUCUUUCAGACGCACUACAGGCGAUCUUCCAAGGACCAUUGAACUGUCUACUGAGAAUGUACCUGCGGAGCUCGGACCUAACGAUGUAUUAAUCAAGAUUCAUGCUGUGUCUCUCAACUUUCGAGAUGUUGCUAUGCUGAACGGCCGGUAUCCGAUGGAAGUAGAAGAGCGAGGCAUUCCAUGCUCGGACGCUGCCGCCGAGGUUGUCGCAAUCGGAUCGGCAGUCAGAGAGUUUUCUGCAGGAGAUCACGUAUCAGUUAUAUUUGACCUUAAUAAUAUGACGGGGUACGAAGACGAGUCUCAUUGUUCCCUUGGAGGAGACACCGCUGGUGUUCUCCGUGAAUACGCUAUUUACCAGGACAAGCAUCUGGUACAGCUACCCAAGUACUUGCCGUGGGAAGAGGCUGCUACUAUCACCUGCGCUGGUAUCACGGCUUGGAACUCUCUCAAUGGCCUGACUACGGUAUCUAAGGCUCGCAGCGCCCUGCUGCAAGGUACUGGAGGCGUCAGCAUGUUUGCUCUGCUAAUCUGUGUUGCGGCGGGCAUCCAACCAAUCAUUACAUCUUCGUCCGACGAGAAGCUUGAAGCAAUCAAGAAACUCGGCUCUGAAGUCCGUGGUAUCAAUUACAAAACUAUCCAGGACCAAGCAUCAGAAGUCACUCGCCUCACAGAUGGCCGGGGCGUCGAUUUCGUCAUCAACAACACCGGCCCAGCGUCUAUCCCCCAGGAUAUCAGCUUCUUGCGCCAACGAGGGGGCACUGUAUCCUUGGUCGGCUUCUUAGAUGGUAUUGGCGGUGAUUGGCAGCCUGCCGCUAUCAUGGCAUUGAUGGGAAAGUCUGCUCGAAUCAAGGGUAUUGCCACUGGCUCUAAGGAUGACUAUUUGAGCCUGAACAAGUUCCUGGAAGAGAAGAAGGUUUCCCUUGCUCCGCUCGUGGAUCGCAUUUUCUCAUUUGAAGAGUCACCAGCAGCUUUCGACUAUCUCUACUCUGGCAAGCAUGUAGGAAAGGUUGUGAUCAAGAUCUAG